AUGCCGACCCGCUCGCGCUCGCAGGCAAACCUGCGCCCGCCGCUCCCGGCCUUCUCGCACUCGCCAUCCAAAUCCCACGGCAGCCACGGACGGCACGACUACCCCCGUAUCUCGGCCUCGGCGUCGUGCCCCUCAUUCCCGCCCACUCCCCCAGAGUCCAUCAGCGAAGCCUCCUCUUCCUCCACCUCCCCUGACCCCUCUGCUCCCUUCUCCAUCUCACUGACCGCCGUCUCUGUCGCCCGCAGCGCAUUCUUCAAGUAUGUCGUCCCUCGCCUCCCGCCUGAGCUCCAGGAGAUCGCCUACAACCCACCAAAGGUGACCGACCCGGCGUCACUCGUGCCCCUGUUGCGAGCGGUCGCGCCGUACACCCAGUUCAUGGUCCUGAUCCUCGCGCUCUACGUCGUCUGGUGCGUCGUGGCCGGUAUCGUGGGCUACUUUGCUCGAUUCCUGCGGUUCGCCUUCCGCAUCGCCCCAGUCAUCGCACUCAUCGCCUGGGUCAUGGCCGCCUCGGGCCAGGGCGGUAUCGACGUCCUGUUCGAGGCCCUCAAGCAGUACGCCGGCGUUGACGACCCCGCCAACCGUGCUCCUGGAGCACGAGGCGGCGCCGCUGCCCCCGCUGGUGCGGCCGGCCGUGCAGGCUCGUACUACUUUGGCGGCAGCAGCUCGGACGCCGGCUCGCGCACGUCGACGACCAACCGCCGCGCGCGCUCCCGCUCGCACUCGUCUGGAUCCGACUCUGACUCCGACUCGUCGUUCUGGUCCUCGUCGCGCGAGUCGAAGAAGGAGGCUGGGGCUGGCACCUGGCCUAGGUCUCCCCCUGCGACCGGCAAGGGCGCCAAGCCGGAACAGGGAGACGCGCCCGACGUCCUCAAGAUGCUGUUUGGAUCGUCAAACGUCAACGUCAACGACGACGGUCUCGCGGCCGUCGUACAAGACUACGUCAAGCGCGCCGUUGUCCGCGCAUCGGGCCUCGAGUGGCUCCUUGGCGGCUCGGCCACGACAGAGGUGCCAAAGCAGCAGGUGCCGGAGGCAAAGCGCGACAGCCGCAAGAGGAGAUAG